UGAGGGUAUAUGGCUUCGAAGCUGGUGUUUCUCUUAUGAAGCCGAGCUGGUCUCCCCCGUUUCGUUUAUAGUUAUGUCAGUCUGUCCAUAGGCGAUUAUGGAUUUGUAUGUCGCCAAAAUACGCUAAGCAUAUGUUGACAGUGUGGCGCGGUCUAUGUGAGCUGCCUGCGGAGUAUUUUGGGCAUCACAGGCGCGUGCACGUUUAUGGGAACGCACCGGUAAUAGAUAAAAUGUUGUCUUGGUAGGCACUUGGUUUUGGGGUUGUCACUUUGCACAGCACAUUGACUAGUGCUGUUUUUGCAAUGAGUUGGUCUUUUAUAGCUUCUUUCGCUAUUUUGACAGUCCGUGUUACGCGUAUUACAUGUAUAUUUUUGUUAUAUUUUAUGAUUAUAUCAAAGCAAAUGAACUUGUUAACUGUGCUGAUUUAAAUCGUUGCAUGAUGAACACUACUGUAGAGAAUAAAGUGUAACCUCCGUCGAGAUAAGGUGUGUUUAUCACCCACGUGAGAGUGAAUAACUCCCUGUAAAUAAAUUAAACGCCCUAUUUAAUUCCUAUUAAAGGAAACCAUGAAAGCAACAUAUCAGUUGUUGAUUCACACCAGUUCUUCAGUUCAAAGACUGCACAAGAAUGGUUUUUUUUCUCUUUCAGGAUGUAAUUUCCCACUCUUCAGCUGUUUUCAGCCAACACAUUUUUCCCUACGUUAGUUUCAUUUUGUUAUUCAUGUUUAUGUCAUUGGUUGCUGUUAACAAGCUACUACAUUAUAGUGUUGUGCGUUAGUUUGGUUAAUUAUGGCUAUUGAAGUUUUGUUGUAAAGAUAAAGGAUCCCAUGAUGAACCUAUAAGAGCAUCAAAAACCUAUCAAGAAAGUCCCACUGACUUUUUGCCUUGUUAGAUUGUUUAUUUGGCCCUUUUGCAAGGAUGUUGGUGUGGCUUGAGCCAAUUCACAAUUGGCCACAUCCAAAGUCAUGCCCAUCUGACUUAACAGGGUUUUCAUUACCAUCGGGCUUGACUUUUCUGUUUGGACUAAAACGCUCAAUGACAAUCUACAGGCACUCUCCAAGACCUUUCCCCACCUAAAGAAGGCAGCUACUGCUAACAUGUGGUACCUUCAGUCUCGCACCCGACGGAAAUCACAUGCACCCCACUGGGGUCCACAGCAGGAUUUUAAACCUUGACCUUCAGGUGCUCACAGAGACCUCUGACUGAACCCGCAUACAACAAUAUUGAUAUUCAAACGCAUCUAUCUAGUCCACCGGCUGACCCUACAUCCCGUGACCUUACAACUCCUUAUAUAGAGAAAGCAGAGCUGGAGGUUAAUAUACAAAUGUCUACCUCACGCUUAAAGGUCCUCUCUCUACAUCUGCAACCUUGAACACGCUACAAAAAUGACUUCCAGCAUAGACCGGGAUGACAGCAGUAUCUUUGAUGGGUUGAUGGAAGAAGAUGAGAAGGACAAAGCGAAAAGAGUUUCUAGGAACAAGUCGGAAAAGAAGAGGCGAGACCAGUUCAAUGUGCUCAUCAAGGAACUGGGCACCAUGUUGCCGGGUAACACCCGCAAGAUGGACAAGUCAACCAUCCUCCAGAAGAGCAUCGACUUCCUGCGCAAGCACAAAGAAAUCGCUGCACAGUCUGAGUCCAGUGAAAUCCGUCAGGACUGGAAACCUCCUUUUCUCAGCAACGAAGAGUUCACACAGCUCAUGCUGGAGGCACUGGAUGGAUUCUUUCUGGCUAUCAUGACAGACGGCAACAUAAUCUAUGUCUCGGAAAGCGUCACGUCUUUAUUAGAACAUCUACCUUCUGAUCUUGUGGAUCAGAACCUGUUGAACUUCCUUCCGCUGGGUGAGCACUCGGAGGUGUAUAAAGCCCUAUCCACACACAAUCUAGAGGGGGAGACCCUCACCCCAGACUACCUGAAGACAAAGAACCAGUUAGAGUUUUGUUGCCACAUGCUCCGAGGCACGAUCGACCCAAAAGAGCCGCCCGUUUAUGAGUAUGUCAAGUUCAUCGGAAACUUUAAGUCCCUCAACACUGUGCCUAACUCGACGCGUAACGGCUUCGAGGGAGUGAUCCAGCGAUCGCUGAGACCGGCUUUCGAAGACCGAGUGUGUUUCAUAGCAACUGUGAGGUUAGCCAAACCUCAGUUUAUCAAGGAAAUGUGUACUGUGGAGGAGCCCAAUGAGGAAUUCACCUCCAGACACAGUUUAGAAUGGAAAUUCCUGUUUUUGGACCACAGGGCGCCACCCAUCAUAGGUUACCUGCCCUUUGAAGUUCUGGGUACAUCGGGGUACGACUACUAUCAUGUGGAUGACCUGGAGACCUUGGCCAAAUGCCACGAGCAUUUGAUGCAGUAUGGGAAGGGGAAGUCGUGCUAUUAUCGUUUUCUAACUAAAGGUCAACAGUGGAUUUGGCUCCAGACCCACUACUACAUAACCUACCACCAGUGGAACUCACGACCAGAGUUUAUUGUCUGCACACACACUGUGGUCAGUUAUGCUGAAGUAAGAGCUGAACAGCGUCGAGAACUGGGCAUCGAGGAGUCGCCUCCUGAGAUCUCAGCAGACAAGUCUCAAGACUCCGGCUCUGAAUCUCAGUUGAACACCUCCAGCCUGAAGGAGGCGCUAGAGCGCUUUGAUCACAGCCGCACACCCUCUGCCUCCUCACGGAGCUCACGCAAGUCCUCCACACACACCGCUGUCUCGGACCCCACGUCCACACAAACAAAGCCACAGACAGACCAUAUCACACCACCCCGCCAAUCAGUCUUAGCCAUUGAGAUGGCAUCACAGCGGAGGUCGUCCAUUAGCAGUCAGUCGAUGAGCUCUCAGAACACGGCACAGACGAUGGCAACGUCCCUCGUGUCGCAGCCUCAGCCACUUCAGCCCAAUGUGCAGCCGGUGCUGCCAUUUUCUACGCAGAUGGAUGCCAUGCAGCAUCUGAAGGAGCAGCUGGAGCAGCGCACGCACAUGAUCGAGGCCAACAUUCAGAGACAACAAGAUGAGCUACGACAAAUUCAGGAAGAACUGCAUAGGGUGCAAGGACAAGGCUUUCAGAUGUUCUUGCAGCCAGGAGGGGGAGGUCUCAACCUCGGCUCAGUGCAGCUGACACAGGGAGCGUCCGUGCAGGCAGGGGGCGCUCUUUCCAUGCAGGGGGCGGUGGUGCCGACAGGGAGCCUGCAGAGUGGCCUACAGUCCACACAUACAGCGACACAACACGCCGUCACACAACAACAUUCUCAGCAGGCACCACCACAACAGCAGACCCUUCUCAGAGAUCAGAGCGCCACAUUAACGCAGUCCCAGAGGUCGUCUCGCACACUGCAGUCUCCUCAGACAGCACUGCCAGCAUCUCUGUAUAACACCAUGAUGAUCUCUCAGCCCGGCCAGGGCAACGUCGUGCAGAUCGCCACUAGCCUGGCCCAGAACAGUAGCACCAGCGCUGCCGCUGUCGCCACUUUCUCACAAGACCGACAGAUAAGGUUUCCUGCUGCUCCACAGCUUCUUACUAAACUUGUAACCGGUCCAAUGGCGUGUGGCGCAGUUAUGGUGCCCACCACCAUGUUCAUGGGGCAGGUGGUGACUGCGUUUGCCCCACAGCAGGGCCAGGCUCAAACAAUCAGCAUCACCCAGCAGCCGUCUGCGCAGACGCAGGAACAGCAGCAGCAGGCCCAGACGCAGUCCCAGACGGCUGCGGGAACAGCCCAACAGCAAGGCCAGGCCCAAACUCAGCUUGCCCAGCAACAAACACAAUUCUUACAGGCUCCUCGACUUUUACACGGCAACCAGUCGACCCAGCUGAUUCUUCAGGCAGCGUUCCCUCUGCAGCAGCAGCAAGGCACCUUUACAACCACGCCGCAACAACAACAGCAGCAACAGCAACUCCAACAGCAACAACAGCUGCAGCAACAACAACUGCAUCAACAACAUCAACAACAACAGCAGCAGCUGCAGCAACAACAUCAACAACAACAGCAGCAACUCCAACAGCAACAGCAGCAACAAAUGGCAGCUCACAGAUCCGACAGCAUGUCGGACCGCUCCAAAGCGCCACCUCAGUAGCAGCCGCGGCGGAUGAAUGCAUGGCGGGGACCGAACCAAAUCUCGAUCGAGCAGCUUUGCAAGCUGGGGAAGGUGAAUUGAGGUCGUGCGAUGGGAGUUAUAUAACAAAUGGCAGUAUUUGUACUGUACCCUCGCAUAUCCUUCUACUGAGGUUCAGGUGGGAGGCAAGACCUAAAGAGGAGGGGGGUGUUGAUCUGCCCCGUGCCCUCUCCAACCUACGUGUUGCUUGCACUGAAUUCUGGUCUGACCACACGUCGCAGAACGUUCCAUUGGCGAGGGAAGACGCAGGGGGGCCUGGUUUGUCUUCUUAAAGCCGUGAAUUAUCUCCAGCUCUACCUUCGCCACAAUAAGAAGGAAGAAGGCUAACGCCUAUCUCAAUUUCUCACGUUCCUUCGUGUCGUACGGCCACCCCUUUUUAAUUUAUGCAGAACGCUCUGGUAAAAAAAGAAAACGAAGCGAGACUUCAAAGAAGUCAGGCAGAACAAACAGCAUCUUCGGUCUCCAUCUCUUUUUUUCCCCUCGAUUGCUCUUUCUGUUUCGUUUGGCUUGUGGAAGUAAUUAUGGGUCAUAAAAUAUUUUUAAGAAUGUCACAUGGAUUCAACUUUUACUGUACAGUUCACCUGUAAGAUAAUGUGUAAAUAUAUGGACAAAAGGAAAGAGAAACUAAUAUUUUAUAUGAUGCAUGAGAUGAAAAGCGUAGUCUGUUAUUUGUAGCUUUGAAUAUACUUUUUUUUCUAAUAUUCAAAGGUGAAGCGCAAACUUAGUACACAUAAUGGCUGAUCUCUUCACAGACUUCCUUUUUCCAGUGGGAUGGGGUGAGCGUGCGUGUGUGUAUAUAUGUUUCAUGUAUGUGUGUCUGCCGAGCAGGCAAUGCUGGAUCCAGUUUGUCACAGUUGGUUUAAAAACGACCUUCAUGUUUUAGAAGAACUUAUUAGAACUUAAUUACAUAUUGCAUUAUGUUACACAGUAAUUAUACAGCUUUUGCACACAAAAAAACAUAGUUAUAUUUGGAGAGAUAUUCUACAUUUGUAAAUACUUAAAGAAGUUAUAUUCUAUCCUUAUAUAUACUGUAUAUAUAUAUAAGGGUGUCAGUAUCUUGGUUAGGCAAAAUAUCAAAAUGGUGCUAUGACUGUAAGGUGCAUUUGUUUGCAGUUCUGAAUGGCAGUAAAAUGACAUCCGCUACAAAAACUCAAGCUGAUGUUUUUACUAAAACUAAGACUGAAGAGGACAAAUAUAUUCACAUACAGUGGGGCAAAAAAGUAUUUAGUCAGCCACCAAUUGUGCAAGUUCUCCCACUUAAAAAGAUGAG